AGUAGAGACGCGUAUUUUGCAAUCAACGGACGUGCGCGCCAUCAUAAGUUAUAAACGUAUACGUUCCAAUUGUCAAAAUAUCAUAGUUAAGUAAUAACGCAGUGGAUACAAUUUUUUUGCUUGUUUUUAUUGAAAGCGGAUACCCCUUAUAGAAAUGGUAGCACGACCGCGUUCGCCAGACGGCGCUCUGAUACCACACUUCUACGCUGGACGUCAAGUUCUUAUUACCGGUGCUACCGGCUUCAUGGGUAAGGUACGUAAGAUUACAACUUAACUGGACUCUAACUAAGCGGUAGUUGCAAGAUAUUUGUUGUUGGAUUAAUGAGAACUAUUAAUAACUAAAUACUGACAUUAUUAAUAUGCUCUACAAGUUGACUGACUUGUAACUUAUCGCCAUGACAAUGUUUUCUGACCAAUUUCGACCGCGAUGACAUGGGAACUAAAUACUUAAAAUAAACAAUAAUAAUUUUAAGAGAAUUAUGGCCAGACUGACAAGAUUCAGUUCCAGAAAUUAUAGACCAAGAGUUGUGUGCAUUGUUAGAAUAGGGUUUGUAGUGUCAAAUAUCAGUUUCCCAGCCGAAUAUUGCGUAGAAAGUGACAGAUCGCAUUGUCAAAGCCCGUUAGCUAUACCGAGGGCUCUGAGCGAGUAUUACGACCAUCGCCCGUAGACCACGUCAUCGUGACGCCGAAUGUACGAAUAUCAUUAAUGGAAUUGGGCCUGGAUACCCUAGACCGCUAACUGAAAAAUUAAAAUUGCCAGGAGUACAUCAUAAAGAACGGCGUAUUAAAUCACAUAAGAAUAAGGAGGUGACAGAGUCUCAAGCCUUUUGAUUUUAUAUCGAGGAUAAAUAAUGUAAAUGUCUAUAGACCACUGCAUCUUAUCUUAUUUACCAUCAGGUGAAUUGCGUGCUCGUUCAUCACCUCACUCUAUAAAAUAAGCAAUAUAAUUUGCUCAGGAGAGCGGGACAGUAUUUUAUGCCGGCACAACGCCUGCAACUUUACAAGGCGCAGGUUCGGCAUCAUAUGGAAUACUGUUCCCAUUUCUGGGCUGGGGCUCCCCAGUGCCAGCUCCUUCCACUUGACCGCAUCCAGCGCAGAGCGGCUCGAAUCGUCGACGACCGAGUCCUUUCCGAUCGGCUCGAUUCAUUGGCGCUGCGAAGAGAUGUUGGAUCUCUUUGCAUUUUCUUUCACAUUUACCACGGGGAGUGCUCUGAGGAAUUGUUCGGAUUAAUCCCAGCUGCCAAAUUUCACGAACGCACAUUGCGGCAGAACUCCCGAUACCAUCCACACCAUCUGAAUGAUUGGCGGUCCACCACUUUGCGAUUUAGAAGAUGUUUACUUCCUCGCACAACUUCCUUAUGGAAUAGUUUACCAACAGCGAUUUUUCCGGACCGAUACGACUUAGGGACCUUCAAGAAAAGAGCCUACUCCUUUUUAAAAGGCCGGCAACGCAUCUGCAAUUCCCCUGGUGUUGCGGUUGUUCAUGGGCGGUGGUAGUCGCUUACCAUCACGUGAGCCGAAUGCUCGUUUGCCCCCUCUCCUAUAUAAAAAAAUAUAUAUUAUAUUGAGCCCGUGCCACAUUCGCAAUCCAGCGUUAUGUUUUGUAAAAAUAUUAAUAACAAACGCUACAUUUAAAUUGUAUUUUUAGGUUCUAGUUGAAAGAUUACUGGCGACAUGUCCAGACAUAAGUCGACUGCAUCUCCUGUUGCGUCACAAGAAGGGUGUGACCCCGGAGAAACGCUUGCAGGAUCUGAAACAAUCUCAGGUUGGUGGGAAUUUUUGAAUACAUCCCUUUUAAUAUUCGGUUUAGACUGUGGAGACAGUAUAGUCUCUCAGAUAAAACAUAAAUUAUUUAUUCAUCAUCAUCAUCAUUACAUCCCUUCUCAAGUCCACUGUUGAACAUAGGCCUCCCCCAAGAAACGCCACAAAGCACAUAUUAUUUAUUCAAACCGGACAGAAAACAACAAAGCUUUCCUUAGGAGUUUGUCGUUUGAGUAAAAGCGUAUGUGUAAUAAAUACACAUAUGGUAAAAGUAAGGGAAGACAAAUCAUCAUCAUCAUCAUUACAGGCCUUCACAAGACCACUGCUGAACAUAGACCUCCCCCAAGGAAUGCCAGUUGUCGGUUCUUCGAGCUAUAUGGCUUGCCCAUUGCCACUUCAGCUUACUAAUCUGUUGAACUAUGUCGGUCACUCUAGUUCUCCUGCGGAUAUCCUCAUUUCUAAGUUCAUCACGCAGAUAAACCUCGAGCAUAGCCCUCUCCAUAGCUCGCUGAGCGGACUGUUCAUAAGUUAUCACUGGCAAAACGUACCGGUUGUACAAUCUCAUUUUCAAGUUUUCUUUAGUUAGUUGAGAUAUAGGUAAGAAGAUGAAUAGUCAGGUUCUUUUUUCGACAUUAUCUAAAUGAUGAAAACUUUUUGUCUAGGUAUUUGAUGUGAUUCGUCAGACCAGACCUGAGCAGUUGGAUAAGCUGAGCAUGAUCGCAGGAGAUGUCUCGCAACCCGGACUAGGACUAGCUCCCACUGCAAUGAGUCAACUACAACAGGUAUUUAGUGCAUAUUUAAAUUACUUUGUAACUUUUUAAUUGUAAAAUAUUCGAGGAUUAGCGUCGAAGGAAAAUGAAACAGUGGUGGGCAGCUGCAACCGCAUGUUCUUGAUAACAAUCAAAAUAUAUAAACAAUCGUAAUAAAAAAAAGUGUGGCGACUAUGAAAAGUAUCCCUCGUUUGAGGCAAUCUAUGAGAAGGGAGGCCUAUAUUUAACAAUUCAUGGAUGAAUACAUGGACACAUGUAACUGAAUUCAAACCUCGAGGAACAAUAUAAAUUGCCUCACAGCUUGUAGAUCUUCAGAAUUAAAAUAACAUCUUAAACGUGGUAGAGCCAUGCUGCAGCUAUAUUUGUGGCAUGAAUGGGUCAGCUCGACCGGGGAAGGACCACGCCCUCACAGUAUAUCAGCGUAAAAUAGCAGCUUAGUACUGCUGUGUUUCGUAUGGUGAGUGUAGAGAACCGGAGACCUUUUUUACUGGAAACGAGGCAUUCCAUCUUAGUCCUCACGGGUGACAACGCAUCUGCAUUUUGAUUCGUAAUCGAGGAUAGAUGUAGAUGUCUAUGGGCCACAGCAACUACUUACCAUCAGGUGAACUGUGUGCUGGUUUGUCACCCUAAUUCUAUAAAAAAAAAUUGCCAGCAUUGCGAUAGUUGAAAGCAGCAGGGUUGACUUCGGUUGGCUUCGUUAAAUUUUUCAUUAAAUAAAGUUCUGUAGAUUGACUGAUUGAGAAGAAAGACUUCCGAAGUCAGUACUGAGACUUAGUGUAUGGAAGUAAAGUUUAAGUUUUUGGCCUAUUAUAUGUAUAAUAUAUAUAAUUUUUUGAAUAUUAAAGCUUAGGGUAAAAAUAGGUAGUCGUCGAAAUAGUUGCAUUAAAAACUUUCUAAACUUUUUAUUCACCCUUAGGGUUAUAAUUUAUUAUCCAAAUUUAUAUGGUAAUACUCCCGAAGCAUAACCUAUUUAAUAAAAGAGAAUCAUUACAAGUAGUAAAAUUAAAAAUUUUGUACAACCGACUUUAAUAUAAAAUAUUAAGGGUAACUCAAAAACUACUGAUCAGACCGUGAUCAAAUUUAUAUCGGGCCACAUGAGAAGCGCCAGCUAUC